CUCCCUUGGCAGGCGAUAGACCGGGCAAACACAGAUCACGCUCUCAUAAACCAUAUCCGAGUGACGGGUGUGAUCUCGCAAGCCUACCCAGUACCAGUAUUAAGCAACCUCAAACCUCGCGGUUACGUCAUCAGUACUCCACCGGUCAACACUAUCCUAGACGACUCUUGCGGCAAAUAGUCUAUAUGCUUUAAUGAGCCAACAACCCACACCAGGCACCAGUUCUCAUGCCCCAAAUCCCCUCCAGUUUUUCUCCAAGACAGACCAGACCGUUCAGGAGAAGUAACUCGACCUACUACCCUUUUUGCCUAAACUUUUGCUUCCCAAAGAAAUAACUUAUAAACAAAUAAAGGAGAGGCACCUUUCGAUAUGCCACCAAUCCCAGUACCUACUCCGCGGGAGCUUCUACAGAGAGCGAAGAUGUUCAUUCCUCCGCUGCUGGAUAAGAUGCACAAAGGUUCGUGUCCUUGCCCUCCUAAUAGACCAUGAUCAAUUCAACUCAACCAAAAUCGACAACCCACAGGACAGCAAGGCCGUGUAGCAGUCAUUGGGGGCUGCGAAGAGUCCCCCCCCCCGACCUCCAUCCCAAACCCCAAAACUAACAACAGCCAGUUACACCGGCGCGCCUUACUUCUCAGCAAAUGCCUCCGCGUUACUAGGUACUCUACCAACCCUCCUCCAUCUUCUCCAAACCUCCCCCCGCCUCCCACACACAAAAUGCUAACUUGCACCCAAGGAGCCGACAUGUCCCACGUUAUCUGCGAACCGCAGGCGGCUCAAGUACCUGCCCCCCAACCCCAAACAACAGCACGCAAUCCUAAUAAACUAGGUUAUAAAAACCUAUUCUCCAAAUAUAAUGGUCCAUCCCUACAUGCGCCAAUCCCACCACACUCAGGAGGGCAUGCAAUCAGCGGAAGAAAUAUCCCAGAAGACGAUCGACUUACUCGAGCGCCUACACGCAAUUGUCAUAGGGCCCGGACUCGGUCGCGACGCUCUAAUGCAGGAUACAGCCGCAAAAAUAAUUGAAGCGGCGAAAGCGAGGAAUAUGCCCAUGGUUGUAGAUGCGGUAUAGCUCCCACCAACCCGCCACAAAGCUCAACGGGCAAUCACAUACUGAUGAUGACGAUAACAGGACGGGUUAUUCUUGGUGCAAAACAGACCGUCCAUUAUCAAAGGCUAUACCAAAGCAAUCCUAACCCCCAAUAGGGCCGAAUUCGCACGCCUGUGUGCAGCCAUGAAGGUGGACCCUCAAGGUUGUGAUGAGGCAGAGGUUUGUGCGAAACUAGCUAGAGCCUUCGGCGGUGUGACUAUCAUACAAAAAGGGCCCAAGGACCACAUUUCCAAUGGAAAACAGACCUUUGUAUGUGACCUUGAAGGUGGUUUAAAGAGGAGUGGUGGGCAGGGUGACACCCUCACUGGAAGCCUGGUGACGUUUCUGGCUUGGACGAGGGCUUACCGGGACAGGAUUUGGAAGUGAGUUUUUAGUUUUUCCAUACCAUCCGGAAACUAGCUUAUCAAGGAGGGGCACUGACGAAGUCGGAUACUCCAGCCACGACAACUCACUUUCGGAUUCGGAACUGAACUCGCUAUCGGCAUUUGGAGCAGCUGCCGUAACACGGUAUUGUUCACGUGUGGCGUACGAGAAGAAAGGCAGGGCACUACAGGCGAGUGAUCUGUCGGUUGAACUAGGCAAUGCUUUCAAUUACCUGUUUGAAACUGAAAACCCAAAACUCUAA